UGAGGGCCGUACGCCCCGAAUCAGGCUCCCUCAAGGAGCACCAACGCCAGUGGUAGGUUGAAAGGUGAACGAACGAACGGACGCCUUGUACAGUCCACUACCUUGCUGCUCUGUCCGAGAAACUUCGUCAAUACGACAAGUUCGAACUCCACGCAAGUGGCUCCUCACUGGACUGUUCGUGUCGCCCAACCAACAGGCUUCUCGACAGCGCCAACGGCAAGCGGGCAGAAAGAGAGGAGAUGAGGCCGACAAAACUUGGCUAGAGGUACCGACGUGAUGGGAAAUCUCCUCUACAGUCCACUACGCGGCCACGCGACACCGCCAUCGGCCUUCUCCGCCGUCGUGCCCCGAGGGCUUCCAGCGUUCGUCUCAUCAAGCGUCCAGGUGCCGCCGGCACUGCUGUUGUUGCAUCCGGCGUCUACAUCUAAGUCACCUCCUCGAUAUCAUCCUCCGAUUCGGAGCAGUGUCUCGCGCGGAGGGUGUGGUGGAGUCAGGAGGGGAUUUGCUUGCAGGAGGAAACUUCUUCGUCGUGCCUCAGCAGACCAAUCGUUGUUGCUGUGUUCACUCACCACGGAGGCUUCCGAUCAGGCUGCCAGCCCGUGCCCGGAAAAUCCACGCUCUCCGCGGCAAGAGAGGGACAACCGUGGCGACGCCAUAGCGCAGGCCACUCUGCGCUGGAUCCGCUCCACCGUAGUAGGGCUAAACCUCUGCCCGUGGGCAGCCGGCGCCCUUGUAGGCGGACAACUGCGAGUCCUUGUACACCCGGCGCAGCCGCCUCUGCCAGCCGCUACCGACUACCACGAACGCCCCCCUGGUAGUGAUGUCGCCGGCGGCGUGACCGGGGACUCCGGCUCAAGCAGCGAUGGGGUUGAUCUGUUGGAGGGCUUCGUGAAGGUGGCCGCGCGAGAGGCGGUGGCGCUGAGCGCUCUGGGCGGGGAGGUCGCUGCUAACGCCACGACGCUGGUCGUAGCGAGGCCGCCGCUAGCGCAAGGCUUUGAGGAGUUUCUUUCCGUGGCCGGGGCCGUGGACGAAUUCAUUGACGAAUCGGGUAUGCGGGGCAAGGUCCAGCUGGCGACGUUUCACCCUCAGUACCGGUUCGAGGGCUCUGAGGAGGAUGACGCGUCCAACUACACAAAUCGAUCCCCUUACCCCGUGCUGCACCUUCUACUGGAAGACCAGGUGUCUGCGGCGGUCAAGCAGAUCAGCGACCCGGCUAAGGUGUGGGAGAGGAACGUCGAAACCACGAGGAAGCUUGGCGUGGAAGCCAUGCGUCGUGGGGUAGAGGCGUGCCUUUUGCCCUCCUGGCCACCGCAGCAGACGCCGAAGGAAGCAAAAACAGACCUGGAGGAGAGGAACGAGCGAUGAUGGCGUUCUCUUGCAAUUGCGUCUCAAACCCAUUUUUCUUUGUGCAUGUGCGGCGGAUCCGUUGCACGUCGGUUUCAUCCUGUAAGGGGAGGCGAGUCAUCGCUGCUGUAGACUGUUGGUCGAUGGAGCGGGCAGGUAGAUCGCCCGCCCUUUCGACUCGCCGCGACGUAGGCCCUAAACAGAGUCGUGGCAAAGAGGGUGCCUUGUAAGAGGCAGCUCCGAUGUGAGAGGGUUCGAAUCGAUUGCCGUGGACUCGACCUGCUUCGCAUACACAGAUGGGGUACACUACCCUCUUUUUCCCGUACAAGAGAGGUUUCCGAUUCAAGAGGGUCGAAUCUAAGGCCGUUGUCACGCCACCUUCUUAUCUCGAAGCCACGACUGUAGAUUGCUGUGAAACAAGGCUGCUGGAAAAAGUCGGCCCCCAACUCUUUCGUCACCACUGGUGCACAGUUUGAUGCAUGCAUGAUGCUAUGGGCCCCAACGAACUCCACGGCGUGCCUGGAAUUUGUUUCUGGAGGAGCUUGUAAUUGGUUCUCGAUAUUUGAUCACACGCUACAGCUCAGGGUCUUGCUGAGAAAAAUAAGUAAAAAGGGAAUUGGUUAAUUAUU